AAAAGAGGCACAUGCAACAAAAUGUAAGCAAAAUUUUUUUCUUAUAAAUUUUUCAGUUAAAUUAAAAGAAUGUCAUGAUGCAUGAGAAUACUUAGAUAUGACACACUAAAAUCUAGAAACCUAGAAGGUCGCCAUACACUCUUGUUCCAAUAUAUGUGAGUUUGAUGACUCUACAGUGAAAUGUAAAUGUGAAAGACUAUAAGGGAUGGAAUGAAGGAAAGUGGAGUUGAGUGGAGUCAAGUGAAUAGUAAUUGUGAGAAAAAUCGAAAGGAUCAUUUUUAUUAGUUUAACAUUUGCAACUGCCUUUUCGCAAUGAGUACUGUCGAGUAUGGUUUUCCAAUGAUAGGCGGAUUAAUGCCGCAAAUACAAGCUCUUAUUGCACCACCGAUAUCCGACGACUCAAAAGCAGCGAAAGCAAAGAAGGAAAAAGAGGAGAAAAAACAUCCAUACUUUAAGAGACGAGGUCGUGGUCAUAAUCGUGAUUUCUGCGAUGCUUGUAAAGAUGGUGGAGAACUCAUAUGCUGUGAUAAAUGUCCAGCUUCCUAUCAUUUGCAGUGCCACUAUCCAGCAGUGGAUCCGGCAGAUAUUCCUAAUGGAGAAUGGUUGUGCUAUGCCUGCCGUUGUGCUUCUAAAAGGGAAGAACUUUUUGAUGAGAAGGGGAACGAGAAAAAAAAAAGAUCAGCUUUGGAAGUAUUAACAUUGGCAGCUUCUUUAGUAAAUCCAAGAGAGUUUGAAUUGCCUAAGGAGUUACAGUUGCCUAUAAUGUUUCCUGGAAGCAAUAAAGUGGACUAUGUAACUGGCAGAAGAGGUAAACCACCAAGCUCAUCAUAUAAUAAUGUUGGAAAAAGUCAUUGCUUAGACAGCAACUUAAUGGUUCCAUUACCAGCUCGUUUAUGUUAUGAAUGUAGACGUAGUUGCAGAAAAGCACCAUUAAUCGCUUGUGAUUAUUGUCCCUUAUAUUUUCAUCAGGAUUGCUUGGAUCCUCCGUUAACUGCUUUUCCUAUUGGCAGAUGGAUGUGUCCAAAUCAUCCAAAUCAUUUCAUAGAUCAGCAUCUGUUGACUUCUUGUAGAGUGACAGAACGUAUAAAGCUCUGGGACAAGUAUGCCAAUCAACGAAUAGAUCAGCAUGCGGUAAAACUAGACUUUUUACGUAAAGCGCGAGCUGCCAAUCCACUAUUUCGUACAAAAGUGAAAUUGGAAGGUCGCUCAAGAAUAAAAGUUCCUUGCAGCAUCAAGUUCCAUUAUGACAAUCCGCCACACUUAGAUCCUGUGCAUUCUUAUCAAGAUAGUUUUAUAUGGCCUGUAAACAAUAGCGCCAAGACAUUACCGUGUCUGCAGAUUACAGACAAUGAAAAGCAACAGAAAACAGACAUUGAGAAAGUAGAUAGCAAAGAUAAUUGUAUAGAAAAUAAAAAAACUGAAGAAAUUGAUGAAAUUAAAAUAAAAAGAGAAAAAUGUAAUACUAUCCCUGAUAAGGGAAAUGAUCAAGAAAAAAUAUCAAAUGUGAAUAAAGACACGAGUAAAACAGAAAGUGAAGCUACGACGGAUAAUUCUAAAGAAUAUAUUAAUCACAAUUUUUGUACAAGUAAUGAUGGUUACAAUAUUAAAGAAGGUGUUCAAUUAUUAGAAAGACCAGUAUUGGAAGCAUUAGCGCAACAGAGACUCGAGCAAAUAUUAAAUCCAGACGGGGAAAGUUAUGAAAGAAUAAAUUGUCAUAAAAGGGCAAGAGCCGCAUUAUUUUCUUUAAGCCCUAAGCCUAAACCACCAGCGUUCAUGACUUGUAGAACCUUCGUUAUUGGCAACGGCCCGAAUUGUGAUCUAGUUUUGUCCAAUUACGGUAGCUGUGGAUUCACAUCCUCUAAACACGCAGUUAUAUUUUUCGAUGAAGUGACCAAGCAUUACGAAUUACUUAAUUACAGCGAAUAUGGAACGGUUGUAGAUCACGUGCUGUAUUCUUGCGAUUGCACUCGUGUUUUAGAGGACGAAAUAGAGGAAAAGACUGAUAAAAUAUGUGUCACUAAGGAGGAAGAAACUUCUGAUAUAAUAAAAACGAUUCUGCAAAAGGAAAAAACUGAUUUGGAAGAAAGCGUGAACAUGGAUGACAGAAUUUUGUGCAAGUGUAAUAUAAAACAUGAUUCGAGAAUUAAAGAACAUUUGGAGGAAGGCUGGGAGGGAAGUGCAAUCAUUGCACAUGGUUCAACUAUUAGUUUCGGAUGUCUCAAAUUCAUAUUUAACACAUUAGAUAUGUAUGUAGACAGAUGAAACUCGAUGAUGUAAAAUAUUUCAUAUUGUACAAAGAAAAUUUUAUAAAGCAAUACAAAAUAAAUUAACAGCAUUUCUUAUACUUG